GUGAGCACAGCGCAUGCGCGACAUUCCAAACCGGAAGGCGUGUCAGUAAACUCCCGAGUGAUUCAUCUUCUUACACAUAUACGAUCUUCGCUGCAACUCUUCUGACAGCUAGCAGAGCAGAGCAGAGCAGCAACUCUACGCUUCUAACUAAGCUGGGCGGAGAGGAGAGGGAAGGGGAGAGCUUUAACCCUGGUCUCCCCAGCCGACCCUGAGUAAACCAGCCAGCCAUGGAUGACCGCUCCUCACUUGGAAAAGUCAGCAGCUCCACCGAGUCCGUGGCCACCGUCACCAGUGAGGAGUUUGUUCUCGUACAGACCAGUGCCGCUGGGUCACCGCAAGGCUCCGAGGGCAAACCAAGACUCAAGAUGAAUGUGAAUGGUAAUGAGCAGCUGGAGAAAGCUAUGGAGGAGGUGUUGGAUGAUGACGAUGAGGUGAAGGUGGAGAAGAGCAAUGUUGAAAAGAUGGAGAAGCACAGGGAACCAGAGAGCCAAAUCCUGGAAACCCCACCUGCAGUUACAGAAACAUGUCAAGUACCAUCCAGCCCCACAGUGCUGGAGGAGGACAGUGUCCAGUUCAACAAGCUGUCCUACCUCGGCUGUACUUGGGUCAAAGCCCCUCGCAACGAGGCAGAGGCACAGAGGGCCAUGGCCACCCUGCGGGCCGAAAGCGCCAUCCCCAUCCCCAUAACCCUGCACGUCCCCUGUGGACCAGACGGCUCCGUCAGGAUUGUGGACCAGGCCUCCAGUACAGAGAUCGCCUCAUUUCCCAUCUACAAGGUUUUGUUCUGUGCUCGUGGAAAUGAGGGUUCAGUGGAAAGUGACUGUUUCUCCUUCACCGAGAGUUACCGGAGCUCUGAGGACUUCCAGAUUCACGUCUUCUCCUGCCACAUCAAAGAGGCCGUCAGUCGUAUCCUGUACAGUUUCUCCACAGCCUUUCGGCGUUCUUCACGGACGACAGACAUCAGGGACACCGCGCUGUCUGGUCCACCGGACGGCGACCUCUACACCUUCACUGUCUCACUGGAGAUCAAAGAGGAUGAUGGCAAGGGCAACUACAGUCCAGUGCCUAAGGACAGAGAUAAAUUCUACUUCAAGCUGCGACAGGGUGUUCAGAAGAAGGUCGUGGUUUCAGUUCAGCAAAUGUGCAACAAGGAGCUGGGCAUCGAGAGGUGUUUUGGGAUGCUGCUGAGUCCAGGACAGAAAGUCUGCAACAGCGACAUGCAUCUACUAGACAUGGAGUCGAUGGGGAAAAGCUCUGAUGGGAAGGCCUAUGUGAUCACAGGAAAAUGGAACCCGAACAUGGCGACCUUCCAGCUGCUGAAUGAAGACACACCUAAAGAUAAGCAGGUCUACAUGACAGUGGCGGUGGACCUGGUCGUUACCGAGGUGGUGGAACCAGUUCGCUUCCUGCUGGAAAGUCUGGUCCGGGUAUAUCCAUCAAACGAACGCUUCUGGUACUUCAGCCGCAAGACCUUCAGUGAGACCUUCUACCUCAAACUCAGACAGCAGGCACCAGAGAGGGUGGGUCAGAGCGAUGCUGUGUAUGAGGUGGUGAGUCUUCAGAGGGAGGCAGAGAGAAGCACUGAAGGACUGGCCCCUGAGGAAGAGGAGGCUGAUGAAGAUAGCGACAGUGAAAUCUCCAGUGGGACAGGAGAUGUUUCCAAAGACUGUCCUGAGAAAAUCCUGGAGUCCUGGGGAGGAAUCCUCACUAGAUGGCACGGGAACCUGUCCACUCGUCCGAAGGGUUUGCCCUCAUUGGUUCGCAGUGGCAUUCCCGAGCCACUCAGAGCUGAAGUCUGGCAGCUGCUGGCAGGUUGCCACGACAACCACGACAUGCUUGAGCACUACCGCAUCCUCAUCACCAAGGACUCCGCUCAGGAAGGUGUCAUCACCCGGGACAUCCACCGCACCUUCCCCGCACAUGACUACUUCAAGGACUCUGACGGAGACGGACAGGAUUCACUGUACAAGAUCUGCAAGGCCUACUCUGUCUACGAUGAGGAAAUAGGGUAUUGCCAGGGUCAGUCAUUCCUCGCUGCUGUUCUCCUGCUGCACAUGCCGGAGGAACAGGCCUUCUGUGUGUUGGUGAAAAUCAUGUAUGAGUACGGCCUCAGAGCUCUCUACAAAAACAACUUUGAGGAUCUUCACUGCAAGUUCUUCCAGCUGGAGAGGCUGAUGCAGGAACAGCUUCCAGACCUGUGGUCCCACUUCCAGGAGUUGAACCUGGAGGCACACAUGUACGCCUCUCAGUGGUUCCUCACCCUCUUCACUGCCAAGUUCCCCCUGUGCAUGGUUUUCCACAUCACUGACCUGCUGCUCUGUGAGGGUCUGAGCAUCAUCUUUCACGUAGCCCUGGCCCUGCUCAAGACGUCUAAAGAGGACCUCUUACAGGCGGACUUCGAAGGGGCUCUCAAGUUCUUCAGAGUUCAGCUCCCUAAACGCUACAGAGCUGCGGAGAAUGCCCGCAGGCUUAUGGAGCAGGCCUGCAACAUCAAGGUUCCAACCAAAAAGCUGAAGAAGUUUGAGAAGGAAUAUCAGACACUGAGAGAGAGCCAGCUGCAACAAGAAGACCCCAUCGACCGAUUCCAGAGGGAGAACCGUCGUCUUCAAGAGGCCAGUAUGCGAUUGGAACAGGAGAAUGACGACUUGGCCCAUGAACUGGUCACCAGCAAGAUUGCCCUUCGGAACGACCUUGACCAGGCAGAGGACAAGGCCGAUGUUUUGAACAAAGAGCUGCUGAGCACCAAGCAACGUCUGGUGGAGACGGAGGAGGAGAAGAGACGACAGGAGGAGGAGACGGCUCAGCUGAAGGAAGUGUUCAGGAGGGAGCUAGAAAAAGCAGAGCAGGAGAUCAAGAAAACCACAGCGAUCAUAGCUGAAUACAAACAGAUCUGCUCCCAGCUGAGCACCAGGCUGGAAAAACAGCAGGCGGCAACAAAAGAAGAGCUGGACAUCGUGAGGAAUAAAGUAAACGGCUGUGACCACUGUAGGGACCUGUUCACAACCCUGGGGUCCCUCCAGGCUUCGUCCCCCGGCAGGGACAAGACAUCCACCGAACCGCUGGACGAGGAGAAGGACGGACUGAAGGAGCAGCUGAGGCAUCUGGAGCUGGAGCUGGCACAGACCAAACUGCAACUGGUGGAGGCCAAAUGCCGCAUCCAGGAGCUUGAGCACCAGCGGGGAGUCCUGAUGAACGAGAUCCAGGCGGCCAAGAACUCGUGGUUCAGCAAGACCCUGGGCUCCCUGAAGAGCUCUAGCUCCUCUUCCUCCAGCUCCACAUCCCAGACCCCGUCCUCUCCAAAGGAGGGUCCUGCCUAGACGACCCACUCUCUCAUUCCCCUGCAGGAUGCACACUAGAGCUGAGGAACACAAGUUGAAGAAACAAGCGGUGGAGAAAUGCAGUAUUCCUUUUCCAGCCGGACUGCACUUAGCUGAAAAGAUGAGGGAGGUAACAGGCGGAGGAGGACUGGAACCUGCCACCUGAGUUUCAUGUAACGUUUACGUUUGAGUGAACUAAAACAUGUCUAUUGACCUUGGACAGGUGAUGGUGGGUCAUCAGUGAGGCUUGAAGUUGAUUUAAAGUCAAGUGGUCAUUGCUGACACUGUUUUGUUGAGUUCUCAUCAUAGGAAAACUGAAUUAACAUAAACAAUGGCAUCCCUCAUGUAGGUGAAUAAUUUAGCUCCCCCUUGUGGCCAGACAUCGCUGCUGCAGAGUUAUAGUCAUUUAAUCUGUGCGAGAUUAUGUUUUUAGGUAGUUGAGCAUUAAACCUGCAUUUACUGUUCUCUCAAUUUGGACAUUAUUUUCAAUGAUAGUGAUACAGCUACAGAUGCAGACAUAUUACAAGUUUACUGCAUAGAAUCAUAGUGAUCUACAUUAACCAUCUUCAGUGCACAGCGAGCCACAGCACUCUGAAAAAGGAAUACUGCAUUCAGUCUUGAACGAGAACAACACAAAAAGUUGUAUUUCUUUAUAGUAAUAUAACGUAAACAAUGUUGUCAUAUAAAUAUGUAUAACUAAUUAUUGAUUUUUGUAAUAAUCUUGUACAGUUCUUUAAGAGAAGAAAAAAAAACAAGGAAAGGUUCUUUGUUAAAUUUUUUUUUUACCAUUUGGAAUUUGAAUGUCAUCUCUCUAGAUGUUGACGUAAGCACAGUGUGUGAUCGAGCCGGUCGAGUCCAAACGCUGAAGAACCAAAGUGACAACCUGCGAAGAUCUUAAUGUUCCUACUGUUUACUUCAGUCACUUAAAGUGUGUAAUAUCAUUCUAAAUUCAUUGAUUAGAUUAGAAUUUAAAUCCCAGUUCCAGCUCAUGCCUGUAAGUAUUUAAUUGGCAAUUCAUUUUAUGAUCACUACAGAAAUGGGCUCUUUUCCCUUUCUGUGUCCGUUCUGUCCUUUUUUUAUACUUUCAAUUAUGAUUCAGUUGGAAUUACUAUAAUAACACAAAGCCACACAACUUCAGUGAUCACGUAAAGUCUCCAAAAGGGUUUUAAAUAAUGUGCAAGCUACAAGAUGACCUCUGUUGUAAAUGUUCCGUUUUCAAAAUAUCUUUUAAUUUAUCCGUUACUCUCGUUGUUUAAAGGUGCACCUCUGGUGUCUGCGAUCAGGCAGUUUAGUUUGAGAUAUCAGGGAUUUUCUGGCAUUUGUUCUUUUACAGACUGAAAAAAAUGUCUUCCACAGAGCCGGAUAAUCCGUCAGCACAUUAAAUGAGGUAACUCUAUAGUACAGCGUAUGCUCUAAAGUAUCUGUGACAUAGCACAAUUCAUUCCUAAAUAAAUGCCUAGCAUAACAUUAAUAAGCAAGAUUAAGUUACAAUAUUCCCCCGUCAUUGCCAAACAGUCCCACGGCCAUUUGCACAGCUGUGCCAACACCUUCUUUGCCCUUCGUCGGGUCAAAGCAACACACUUUUUAAUCAAUUCUUGACGCAGUAAAAACAGCAAAUCGUCCCCGUGUCCAUGGUGAGCUCUUGGCUGUGUUGCUCAGUGCUAACAUUUUAGUAUCAACUGUAAUGAAUGAUACCAGCCAACUAGUAGUUUCUUCAAAAGGGACAACUCAAAUCAGGUCUAAAGCUGGAUAGUAAGAGAUCUCAAAUGAUGUGCAGGUCAAUCUGGCAGUUUUCUUCAAGUGAGUAAAUUCAUAUACUGUAUGCUUGACAAAUGAAUGUCUCACUUAUAGUUACAUGGGACUACUAGCUACAAAGAUCAAACUGAAUACAUCACCUUCAUUGACUUAGAAACACUUGUACUUGUUGCUGUUUGCUAAUAUCUACAGUAAGUGUGAGGACCACAGCCAGUCAUUUAAAGACACAAGGAUGAUUUUGCUGUCUGUGUACUAAGUUGACAGAUACAACAUUUAGCCAAAAAGUCUGUUUUGCUUUAACAUGAAUGCAUGUUAGUGCUCUGUUACACCUCUUCUUAACUGGACGCGAUGCACACAAGCAUUAGAUUGUUUCCCGAUGGCGAUGUCCUAACUUGCUCCGUGCGUCAGCGAACAGGCAAAGCGACGUGUCAUUUGUUUGAAAAGGUUUCGCACACCUCUAACCUAUUUUCAUUGGUCAAAAUCAACGCGGACAGUAACUGACCGUUAAUCAAUAUCGUGCUCUCUAUGCGACAUCAUUCGUAGUAUAUCUGGACAAUUUUCGCCAGAGUUCGCUCGGUCGCUGUAUUUUAGGAAGAGGUGUUAGCAGGCAGAGAGCUGCAGCGUAGGUGCCAAAUGUCAUGCUUUAACUUCCACUCUGGUUGUCACUGAAAUCAGCCGUUGGACUCUGACCGAGCCCAUGUGUACUUGUUUGUGUGUGAAUGUGUUUUUGGAUGUGUGUAUGUACGUGUGUGUCCUGCACUGUAACUCACGUGGUUGAAGUUGAAACGGUUUCUUCUUCACGUGGCUGCCUUUUCUGUUGAUGACUGAAGCUGUUGGCUGAUGAGAGGGAAGCCAUCUGACAGUUUGAAAUGUCGGAGAGCGUCAGCUGUGCCAUAAGAGCCUCCCCUCUGCUCCGUCCCCAGUGGUCUUCCUUCAUGCUCCCAACGACCUGAACUAACCUCACCAACAACCACGUCGUCUGAUCCUCUUGACAAAUCUGAUCAAUAUCUUUAAUAUUUCAGCAGCCCAUUUGACACAUUUCCACCAGGGGCCUCCCAGUACGACCACUGUCCUCUCACUGGUGCCCACUGAGGAGCUCCACUGGAGGAAAUGCAUCAAUAUCAUAGAAAGGGAGAAUCAUUGAACCCCAUUUGUGUUUUUCAGGACAUUCCUUCUUCACUAUCUUGCAUCAUUCUUGUUGGUCACACCUGUGACGGUUACAGUACAAAGUCGUACAACCGGUUUAAUGUAAACUGUGGCCAAGUUGGAGAGAGCUCCUUGUCUUUUAUGUGCACUAACGCAACAUCAAUAUUUUAAACACUAUUUCAAGAUGUGCAUUUGUUUGUUUAAAAGUUAUCCUGAGCACAGAGCAUAAUUAUUUUUUAACUGAUGAUUAUUGCCGCGGAGAGGACAGCUGCCAAUUUAUAAUCCACUCUAAUUCAGUUAAUUUCAAUGAUGAUGCAAAAGCAGGCGGGGAGUCGGAUUAGAGGCGUGAUGUGUGUUGUGUAGUUUACAGUCCGCUGUAAUUCCACAGUCCUGUUACACAGCUACACUGUUACCUCAGCUGGUCCGACUCCAGCACUGUUUGCUGUACAGUAACUGUCUGACCUGCAUUAAUAAAUUUCAGUUUUCUCUUCA